GAGGGGAAGAGGAUGUGAUCAUACAAUAGACAGCAGACGGGAAAUUGUGAAAGGGACCUCUGUAUAGAAAAGCAGCCCACAACUGUCUCUGCUCUCAGAGGAGGUGAGCUUCUGAGACGACCGACUUGUCUGAGAGUGGACCCGGCUGUGUGUUUGUCUACCCGACAUGGAACCAAAGCGGAUCAGGGAGGGCUACCUUGUGAAAAGGGGGAGUGUGUUCAACACUUGGAAACCCAUGUGGGUUGUAUUGUUAGAAGAUGGAAUUGAAUUCUAUAAGAAGAAAAGUGACAGCAGCCCCAAAGGAAUGAUUCCCUUGAAAGGAAGCACUCUGACUAGCCCUUGUCAGGACUUCGGCAAAAGGAUGUUUGUGUUUAAGAUCACUACAAAAAAACAGCAGGACCACUUCUUCCAGGCAGCCUUCCUGGAAGAGAGAGAUGGCUGGGUUCGAGACAUUAAGAAGGCCAUUAAAUGCAUUGAAGGAGGCCAGAAGUUUGCGAGGAAAUCCACCAGGAGAUCCAUUCGACUGCCAGAAACCAUUGAUUUAGGUGCUAUGUAUUUGUCCAUGAAAGAUACUGAAAAAGGAAUAAGAGAACUAAACCUCGAGAAGGACAAGAAGAUUUUUAAUCACUGCUUCACAGGUAACUGUGUCAUCGACUGGCUGCUUUCCAACCAGUCUGUUCGGAAUCGCCAGGAAGGCCUCAUGAUCGCCUCCUCACUGCUGAACGAAGGCUACCUGCAACCUGCUGGAGACCUGUCUAAGAACGCAGUGGAUGGAACUGCCGAAAACCCUUUCCUGGACAACCCUGAUGCCUUCUACUAUUUUCCAGACAGUGGGUUCUUCUGUGAAGAGAAUUCCAGUGAUGAAGACAUUAUUCUGAAAGAAGAAUUCAGAGGCGUCAUUAUCAAGCAGGGAUGUCUGCUGAAGCAGGGGCAUAGGAGGAAAAACUGGAAAGUGAGGAAGUUCAUCCUGAGAGAAGACCCUGCAUACCUGCAUUACUAUGACCCUGCUGGGGGGGAAGAUCCCCUGGGAGCAAUUCACUUGAGAGGCUGUGUAGUGACUUCAGUGGAGAGCAACCCGGAUGGCAAGAAGAGUGAAGAAGAGAACCUCUUUGAGAUCAUUACGGCUCACGAAGUUCAUUAUUUCUUGCAAGCGGCCACCCCCAAGGAGCGCACUGAGUGGAUCAAAGCCAUCCAGGUGGCCUCCCGGACUGGGAAGUGAGGACACACCUGCAGCUCAUCCUCACUCUCCUGAGGGAAUGCCAUGGAUAAGCUCGGUCCAAGAUCUGUUUAUUUCUGGUGACAGAGCAAAGAAAGAGCCCCAGGGUGGGAAAUUUUCAUCUCAGGGGUUUUGAAUGUAAUUAAACACACGCCGCGUGAUGUUCACCUGUAGCAACCACAUGGCUCCCUGCAGUCUCUCUGCCACUCUCCAUGUCCCCUGGGUACACUGCUUAAUCUCUCCAGGCCUCAGGUUCCUCUUCUGGAAAACGAAGUGAGUUCCAUGAGGUUCUCCCUCGCUUAAACACAAAGCCCUGUGAUUGUAAUAUCCAUGGAAGUGAAAGUGUCUCUAGUCAUCCAGCUGGUGUCUCUUCUUGGCUAAGUCUUGGCCUUCAGACCCUGAGACGACUCUUCCCUUCAAAACUGUUCCCAGUCUGUACUACGAGGACCAGGCAUUUGCCUCUCUUGUUCUCUUUCACCACUUUCCCUUGCUCUUGGCUACAAGGUCAUGUGUCAAAAUGAAGGAGACCUCUCUUCUUCCUUUCUCCCUCUACCCAGAAACUUCCUGAGAGGCAAUGCUGCAGUGGGGGCUCUUAUGUUGAAGUCUUCUUUCACUAACUAUAGCCUGAAAAGUUAUGUCUUCUGAGAAAAAGAACUAAGAAAGUCAGGAGUAGCCGAGGGUCUUUCAUGCCUUGAAGACACCCAGUGAAGGCAUAUUCCACUCCCACUUGAUGCUGAUCUGAGAACAGUCUAUCUUUGUCCCUUUCCGGAACAUUUCUCUAUCAUGUACGAUAAUCAGGACGGGGAACUCGAAAUCUUUGAGAUAGUUCCAUUUGAGUGUUUGCAGAAAAAAGUGGCCAUGCAGGUUCUCUUAAUGAGUUCUCUCCAUGGGUGAGGGGCCUGGGCAGCUGCCUGGCUAACGUGCCCCCCAAACUCCAGUUCCAGAGGGCACAGGGGCUACACCACAGGUGGGCAGAUGGGAUGAUGAGUUUAUACAAAGAUAGCACUGAAAGAACUCAAGUCUAGCAGAGCAAGUAGAGGUGGCCAUCAACAGCAUUCAGUGCCUUCCAUCCUCCAGUCGAUGAUACUGUGGCUGUGCCUGAGCUUUAAGCAUAAACUGAAGCAACUUUUGCUAGACCUCCUAAGAGCCUCGCAAACCCAUUAUCAACCAGAGUUAUCUGACCUAGAUUCUAACUGGGUACCUGUUCCCAGUUUUUGACUGUGUCCUCUAAUAAAUGAUUCCAAUCCAAAAUUGAGAAAGAAAGCGGGUAUGUGGGCAAAAGUUUAUUUUCCAAUUUCAGAUUUUUAAUUUUAAGGCCCCAGUGAGUAAAAAGGAGUAGAAAAUUCUUCCCAAUUUUAUCUACUCCUCUCUCUCCCUACACUAAUUC